ACAACCAGAUAAAUAUCACAGUUCACUCGUGUUUAAGACAUUUUAAGCAUUGCUAUCGAGAGCUUUUCAGUGAACCGAUGAGGAAAAUGGCAAUCAAAUUAGUUUGGUUCUGUUUGUGUUUGUGGCGUCUGGUUGGUGUGUUUGGUGUUGAUGAAGUGAAGUCAGUGUCAGUGAUGGAGGGAGAUUCAGUCACUCUAAACUCUGAACUUACUGAAAUACAGACCGAUGAUGAGAUCGAGUGGAGGUUUGGACGUAACAAGUUUCUCUUAGUUAGACUCAGUAGAGCAUUCAGAAGGAUCUCUAUAUAUGAUGAAGUUCUUGAUGGGAGAUUCAGAGACAGACUGAAGCUGGAUCAUCAGGCUGGAUCUCUGACCAUCACAAACACCAGCACCACAGACUCUGGACUUUAUACAGUAAACAUCAUCAGCGGAAGUAGAGAGAUCAGAUACAGAUUCAAUGUUAUCGUCACUGCUCGUCUGCCGGUUCCUGUCAUCAGCAGUAACUCUUCAAACUGUUCUUCAUCACAUUCAUCAUCUUGUUCAUUGGUGUGUUCAGUGGUGAAUGUGGGUCAUGUGACUCUCUCCUGGUACAAAGGAAACAGUUUAUUGUCCAGCAUCAGUGUGUCUGAUCUCAGCAUCAGUCUCUCUCUACCUCUGGAGGUGGAAUAUCAGGAUAAAAACACCUACAGCUGUGUGCUCAACAAUCCCAUCAGCAACCAGACUCAACAUCUGGACAUCAGCAAACUCUGUCACACAUGUGCAGGAGUCUGA